AUGCUUGCUGUGCUGGCGCAAUGUCGAAAUUGUAAAUCUCGUGUGUUCUCAUCACUCAUUGCCUUUACUCUUACACUCGCUGGUCUUCUUUUCUCGACAUACUACUUUGAAAAUAGCUGGAGCUUCCUGAGGUACUGCUACAUCUCGAACGAGGAUCCACUCUUCCUGGCCCUUCUGCUCACCAUGACAACGGGUGUGCUGAGGCCCUACAACAGUGUCGCCGAUCUGGGCUGUUCUCUUGCACUGCUCAUGCACUGGCGUCACAUUUUCAUCUAUUUUAAGAACACAUUCAUCCUCUCCGUCUUAGCAGCAGUGGCCUUAAUCCUAGCUCCGCUGUUCUACCUAACCUGGCUUCAUACGGGAACGUCCAAUGCAAAUUUCUACUUCUCAGCGUCUCUCAUCAUCGGGAUUGUGCGGGUUCAACUGCUAAUCCAAACGAUUUCGGCAUAUCUGCGUUACCAAUUCCAUCAGAAGUUUGGACCACAGCCGUGUCUUUCCACGGGCACUAAAAUUGUGCCCUGUAUUCGCUCCUAA